UAACGAAUUAAAAUUUCAUUUCCCAUCAGAGAGAGAGAGAGUCCUGCAACUACACUGCUCUCUGCCAUCUCCUGAUUCCUUUCUCCUUGGUUGCCAAACCCGAACUCGCUUCCUUCCUCGCUCGCAGCUACAGGGAAAAGAAAUCCUUCUAGAAACAAAACAAUAGAAACGCUUCACCUUCUUGUAUCGUGGACCAACGCCUCUACUCUUGUUUUCUGCAUGUCCAUCCAUUGGCCACUCCAAGCAGCAUCAUAGUAGUAGUAGAGUCUGAAGAUGAAAAUGGAGGGUGAUCUGAAGCAGAAGCUGCUGCUGCCUUCUUCAGGAGGAGUAGAAGAGGAAGAGGGCUUGUCACUGGUUAGGAGGGUGUGGGAAGAGAGCAAGAAGAUGUGGAUAGUGGCGGCGCCAGCCAUAUUCACAAGAGCUUCCACGUUUGGAAUCCAAGUUAUAAGCCAAGCGUUUGUUGGACAUCUUGGUUCUAAGGAACUCGCUGCUUUCGCUCUUGUUUACACCGUUCUUAUCAGGUUCGCUAACGGGAUUCUGUUAGGAAUGGCGAGUGCUUUGUCAACACUGUGUGGUCAAGCAUACGGUGCAAAGGAAUAUGGCAUGAUGGGAGUUUACCUUCAAAGAUCAUGGAUUGUUUUGUUCCUGACUUCACUGAUUCUUCUUCCGGUGUUCAUCUUCACCACCCCAAUUUUAAGCCUCUUGGGCCAAGACGAAACAAUAGCACAAGUGUCAGGAACCAUUUCACUUUGGUCAAUUCCUAUCAUGUUUGCCUUUAUCGUAUCCUUCACUACCCAGACAUUCCUGCAGUCGCAAAGCAAGAACGUCAUUAUCGCCUUCUUGGCAGCUUUCUCGAUAGUCCUUCACAUCUUCCUUUCUUGGCUUACCACUAUGAAGUACAAAUUGGGUCUUCCUGGUGCAAUGACCUCCACUAGUUUGGCGUAUUGGAUUCCCAACUUUGGUCAACUGAUAUUCAUUUUCGGUUGGUGCAAGCAAACAUGGCAUGGAUUCUCAUUCUUGGCAUUCAAAGACCUUUGGCCUGUUGUUAAGCUUUCGCUUUCAUCCGGUGCCAUGUUGUGUCUUGAGCUAUGGUACAACACAAUAUUGGUUCUUUUGACAGGUAACCUGAGAAAUGCAGAGGUGGAAAUCGAUGCUCUGUCUAUAUGUCUUAACAUCAAUGGAUGGGAAAUGAUGAUAUCACUUGGGUUCAUGGCUGCUGCUAGCGUACGAGUGGCGAAUGAGCUUGGAAGAGGAAGUGCCAAGGCUGCCAAGUUCUCGAUCCUAGUGACUGUGCUAACAUCAUUGGCCAUUGGGUUCUUUCUGUUUGUAUUCUUCUUGUUGUUUAGGGAACGACUUGCUUACAUAUUUACCACAGAUGAGAAUGUUGCCCGGGCAGUCGGUAAUUUGUCACCAUUGUUAUCAGUCUCUAUAUUACUAAACAGCGUUCAGCCCGUACUCUCAGGUGUUGCGAUUGGAGCCGGUUGGCAAAGCAUUGUUGCUUAUGUUAACAUAGGUUGCUAUUACCUCAUUGGAAUUCCUGUCGGUAUUGUGCUUGGUCAUGUUCUUGAUUUGCAAGUCGAGGGAAUUUGGGUUGGAAUGUUGUUUGGAACUUUUAUUCAAACCGUAGUGCUUGUUAUAAUCACCUACAAAACUAACUGGGAUGAGCAGGUGGUCAUAGCUCGUUCAAGAAUUAGCAAGUGGGCUAAAAUGGAUGGCCUCGAUCAUGAAUCAAAACCGGAUUCAUCAGAAAGUUAAUUUUGUUGCCUAACAUUUCAGUCAAAUGCAGCUAAGGAUUAAUAUUGUAGAAUGUGUAUUGUUAUUUAUUAAUUUUAUUAAUUGCAAGUUUUGCAUUGAAAAUUAAUGGACUUAUGUUCUUUAAUUUCGUCCCUCUAUUAUAUAAUGUUUUAUCUUUUGGUAUGAACAAAGGGACAAGAAAUAAAGUAUCAAGAGAAUUUUGAGCUCCA